AUGACCACGGCAGCAAGAGAAGCUCGGCGCUUCGCUAUCCAGCUCCGGCCUCGCUCAACGACAUCGGCAACCCAGCUUGCCAGGGUUCAACGGAGGAGCCCAGCAGCGUCACAGAGGGCAGCCUCGACCUCUGCUCGCCGCCGUCUGUCUUCUGACCGGCACAUGCGCCUGCCGAUAUGGUGCGCCGCGGCCGCUCUCGGCAUCGCAGGCUCACUGUUCAUGCAUCUAACCACUGCCGAGGGCGCCAAGCUCGAUACCGCCUCCCUGGCCGACAAGGACGCUCAGAAGAAGCGCGAGGGCGGCGUCAGUGACGACUCGCCGAUGCGGCUGCGCAUGGAGAAGUUCAUCAAGGAGCAACAGAAGCUCAUUGUCAAGGAGCUCGAAAAGGUGGACGGCAAAAAGUUCCGCAAGGAUGAGUGGACGCGCAAAAACGGCGGCGGCGGCACGACAUGCGUCUUGCAGGAGGGCAACGUCUUCGAAAAGGCCGGCGUGGGCGUAAGCGUCGUCUACGGCUCCCUCCCGAAGCCCGCCAUCCAGAAGAUGCGCGCCGACCACAAAACGCUCGACCCCAACGUCGACUCGCUCGACUUCUUCGCCGCCGGGCUGAGCAUGGUGCUCCACCCCAAGAACCCCAUGGCUCCCACCGUCCACCUCAACUACCGAUACUUCGAGACGGCCAAUCCAGACGGCUCCUCCCAGGCGUGGUGGUUCGGCGGCGGCAGCGACCUGACGCCCGCGUACCUCUUUGACGAGGACGCCAUCCACUUCCACAAGACGCUCAAGGAGGCCUGCGACUCGCACGACAAGACAUACUUCCCCCGCUUCAAGAAGUGGUGCGACGAGUACUUCCACAACAAACACCGCGGCGAGUGCCGGGGCGUCGGCGGCAUCUUCUUCGACGACCUGGACGAGUCGGAGCGUGACCGGGAAAACACCUUUGCCUUUAUCCAAGACUGCCUCAAGUCCUUCUUGCCCUCGUACCUUCCCAUCCUCGAGAAGCGCAAGGACAUGCCGUUUACGGAAAAAGAAAAAGAGUGGCAGCAGAUCCGACGCGGCAAAUACGUCGAGUUCAAUCUGGUUCACGACCGCGGCACGGCCUUUGGCCUCAACACGCCGGGGUCACGCGUCGAGAGCAUCCUCAUGAGCCUGCCGCUGACGGCCAGCUGGAAAUACAUGCAUGAGCCGGAGCCCAAGAGCAGGGAGCAGCGGCUGGUGGAUGUAUUGAGAGAUCCCAAGGACUGGGUAUAA